AUGGACUUGCCCGACGAAGAGCUUAAGCAGCCGCUUGUGGGCCCGCAGGAAGAGGCCACAUCGUCGCGACCUGGCAGUGCUGGAUCCAAUCGCGUGAUGCGCAACCCGCCGAUGGAUGCGGGCGCAGAAGAAGAGAAAGAGGAGGCACCGCGGAGACAAGGAGUUCAGCAGCAGCAACAACAACAACAACAGAAGCUUCCGUAUGCAGCACCGAAUGUCCAUCCGUACGCGGUGCCACAUUAUCAGCCACAAGGCUACGGCGGUGGUGCGGGAAAUGGAUGGGGUGGAGGCCAGGAAGAAGAGAGCGGAGAUCAAGGGUUGACGGUGGACAUCGUCUUUAGUGGCAUGUAUACACUGGCAGCAGCCUUCACUAUUAUCCAAGGCUUUGGUAUGCUCAUCCACUUCACAUACGCAGCCGUCUCGUUGGGCUUCUACACAAUGGCGUUCGGCGCAGCAGUUAUAAUGUAUGACCUCAAGUCCGUCGUGAAUGGUGUGAGCGUGGAGAUGUACCUUCCGUUCCUGGGAAACUAUAUCGGUCGCGCGGCAACCAUCCUGUUCUUUGCGGUGUUGUGCGCGCAGACAUACGAGUAUGCCGGCUGGACGAAGUUUAUUGUGCUGUACAACGUGCUCGUCGCCACGCUGCAAGGCUUCGUUUACUUCACGACAAAGACGGUGACGCAAAGCCAGCCUCAGAUGGACGACCUUCCAGACUUGUAA